AUGCUGCGUCCGCUGCUGCUCGCCGCGCUCUGCCUGGCCGCGCGCGCCUGCCAGCUGCCCUCCGAGUGGCGGCCGCUGAGCGAGGGCUGCCGCGCCGAGCUGGCCGAGACCAUCGUGUACGCCAAGGUGCUGGCGCUGCACCCCGAGGCGCCCGGCCUCUACAACCACCUGCCCUGGCAGCCCCACGCCGGCCAGGGGGGGCUCUUCUACGCGGCCGAGGUGGAGAUGCUGUGCGACCAGGCGUGGGGCAGCAUGCUGGAAGUGCCCGCCGGCUCCAGGCUCAACCUCACUGGCCUGGGCUACUUCUCGUGCCACUCCCACACCGUGGUGCCCGACUACUCCUAUUUCUUCUUCCUCAGGAUGGAUGAAAAUUAUAACCUCUUGCCUCACGGUGUCAAUUUCCAAGAUGCCAUCUUUGCAGACACUCAAGAAAACAGAAGAAUGUUUUCCAGCCUCUUCCAGUUUUCGAACUGUUCUCAAGGGCAGCAACUAGUGACUUUCUCCAGUGAUUGGGAGAUCCAGGAAGACAAUAGGCUCAUGUGCUCCUCGGUGCAGAGGGCCCUGUUCGAGGAGGAGGACCACGUGAAGAAACUGCAGCAGAAAGUGGCGGCCCUGGAGAAGCGGAACCGGCAGCUCCGCGAGCGGGUGAAGAAGGUCAAGCGGUCCCUGCGGCAGGCGCGCAAGAACGGCCGCCACCUGGAGCUGGCGAACCGCAAGCUCAGCGAGAAGCUGGCGAGCGGCGCGCGGCCGCACCUCAACGCCCCGGGCCCCCAGCCCGCGCGCGCCCCCUACUUGCGCGGGUAGCAGGCGCGGGGCCUGCGGGGGGCUCGGUGCGUGCACCGGCCCCAAACCGUGCACGAGACACUCUCAUCGUGCAUUUGGUAGAGUCUAAGUGGAUGCAACGGCCAGCCUUGCUUUCUCCUUGGGUGCUCACCCGGCUGGCUCGGCGGCAUCCGACCCCACGCGCUGCCCUCCCAGCCUGGCCCCAGACACUGUGCGGCGGGGGACAGGGGGGAGGUUCCAGAGCACCUGCGGUCCAGCCUCGGCUCUGGGAGCAGCCUGGAAACUUCCCUGAUUGGGAAGGGGACAUUUUAGAAUCUCUAGGUGCAAAAACAUCAAGGGGCCCAGCCUUUAUUUCAGAAGCGAGCCAGUGCAGUUCUCAGCUUCCGGGUCCUAGAACCUUCUGGUGCCUUUUUAUCCACAUCUUUGGAAGGAGGAUGCCUGCAGACACGUGCAGGGCGUCCCCAGCCAGCCAGCAUUUCCUUCCUAACAGGUUAUGACCUAACAAGCUCAUCACAGGUGAGGGAAUUCAGUCGGGAGCAGGGCAGCAGGUAAUUAAACAGGAUGAAUUACACCUCAUUUCCAACACCAGCUACCCAGAGUUAACGCUGUCACCCAUGGGCCUCUUUAACAUGGAGGGCCACUGCCUUCAUGGGCACGCCAUGUUUCAUCUGGGUGUCGCUAAACUGGGAGAACCUGAGCAAUAUCUCAGCCACUGCUAAAUUCUAACUUCUUGUUUGCUCGGUGAUUGCUUCUAACGUCUGAAUUCGAGGUGAGCUGCCCCAGUACUCCUCGAACAGCUUCUGCAAAGACACCUCCCUACCUGCUGGGAUCAGGUGACUUGACCUCCUUCCCAUCCAGGCUCCCACAGGGCUUGUUCCAGGCAUUCCAAUCUCUGUUGCUUUAUGCAAACAUCCCUUCCUAACACACACACACACACACACACACACACACACACACACACACGAGGCCUGUCUAUACCCCAAUGGGAAUAUUUGCACAUCAGUGCACUUGUUACAUCGGUUCCUACAUGAUCAAAGCACUCCGCACUCUUUGGAAAGAAACCCUGUAAGAUGGUAUAAGUCAAGGGUGAGUAUUCACUGUACUUAUCACUGGGGCACGUGUGACUGAGUCCCAGUGGUGACAUUAAGAAGUCAGCUGAGUGGUCUCUUAGUUAUCUUCUGACAGUGGCCCCCCAGGCCAGCAAGUGCCUUCCCUGCUGUUCCGUGGCUGCUGGCCCCUCGUUGGGGUACACCCCCCAGCCCCCCAGACACCGCAAGGCCUGGUUGCUGUCUUCUCCAUUGCAAGCGGCUGGUACGGUCAGAUCUCCACUCUUCCUCCUUUAGGGAAGCCAGGUGUGGCAGCCAGUCUGGGGAUGAAUCUUCUGUCGCUGUGUCCCGGUGGCAGUCUGCUGCCCGAGGGGAAGACAUCUAUGCUCUGGCCUGGACAACAUGGGGACUUUUGCCCACGGGCACUCACACCGCCCAGCUUCUGCCACCACUUUGCUAGCUGUUCUUCAUAGUAUGGCACAGUAGAAGGUGCAUCUUCUAGUUUUUGCUUCCUGGGGACAUUUCAUUAAAGCAGUGUUGCUCCCACCCAAGGGAAUGGAGAGCCUUAGGCUGGCUGAUUUACAGCCAGUGCUUGGACAGAUGCAUUUGUUCUGCUUUUCUAAUAAAUACGAGCAGCGAUUUCAACCACGACAAUGAGGCAAUGAGUGUUUCUUUUGGGUCAGGGAGAUUUCAGGAUUUCCAGCUUUGGCCUGGAAAAGGGAUUUAGAUCUUUUGGGGGAACACCUGUGAGUGGCUGGGGCAUGCGGGAGACUUGAGGUCAAGCUGCUCUGCUUGGAUGUGGCCUGACCCUGCCUCUGCCCGGGUUUCCAGCUCUCAACACACCUGCAGCAAAGCAGGGUUCUGCCUUGCUCCUGGCAAGGGACAAGCAGUGCUGUUAAUCAGCGUCCUCAGAGCUCACGGAGAUCUGUUGCCAAGGGGAACCCUCCGGGCCCCUGUUAUCAUCUAAUGCAUUGUAAUCGCACAGCCCUUGCCACCUGUUAAUUGCACUAGUAGGAAUUUUUUCAUGACACACAGUCGCCAGCCUGUCUGAGCACUUUCUCUGAGAUGCAGGCCAGUGUUCAGUUUCCCUUCGUGGUACAAGGAGGCCAAGUGACUUCCAAAGUCACAUAGUAAACAAGACCUUGUUCGAAUCUAGAAUCUUUAAACUAUAGUCCCCAGAAGUCAGCAGGCUGUGGACCACAACUUGCAUGGGGAUGAACUUUUUACACUGUCUGAAUAUGACACCUUUGGUGAGCUCCAGUUCAGCCCACCACCUCUAUUGCUACUGUUUCUGUUUUUUUUUUAAAUUAUUAUUAUUAUUUUUUACACCAGUCUGCAUCGCACCUUUUUGAUACCUGCUUGGCAGAGGGAGUUAACAGGGAUCCUCACCUCUGUGCUAUAAGGCCACGUCUUUCUUUGGGAAGAGAGAAUACAAACUCUUGUCACAAUGACUUUGAAUCAAAUUGUCAGCUCAGCAGCCAAUUCAUAGUCUAGGAUGGCUUAAAAAAAAAUCAAACACCCAGCGUGUAUUAGGCUCUUUCACACAUACUAUCUCACUGAAUAUUCCUAAUAAUUUCAUGAAAUAGAGAC